CCCGUUAUAUUAUUGAACCUAAAUAGAUAGAUAUAAACGAGAAGGGACCAAAACUAAGCAUAAUCCAAACUACCUUUCCAGAUCCAACACACACACACAUGAGCACAAGAGAAUCAGCGACGGUGGAAUCCGUCAACGGAAUCACCCUCGACGCUCGAAUCUACAAACCACCGACCGACGACAACAAUUCAACUUCAAAUCAGCAACAAAUUGUAGUGGUGUUAGUCCACCCUUAUUCAGUAUUAGGCGGCUGUCAAGGCCUAAUGAAAGGCAUCGCUCGCAAUCUUGCCGAACACGGUUUCCCCGCCGUCACGUUUGAUAUGCGAGGCGUCGGUAAAUCAACCGGCAGACCCUCUCUCACUGGGUUUGCUGAAGUUGCUGAUGUGGUUGCUGUUUGUAAGUGGAGUGCCGAAAAUUUGUGUAAUCGGGUUCUGCUUGUUGGAUCGUCUGCAGGUGCACCGAUUGCAGGGUCUGCAGUUGAUCAGGUGGAUGAAAUUGUGGGCUAUGUGAGCCUGGGUUACCCUUUCGGCUGGACAGCUUCCAUUCUGUUUGGAAGACACCACAAGGCCAUAUUGCAAUCUCCGAAGCCGAAACUGUUUGUCAUGGGGACGAAAGAUGGGUUUACAAGCGUCAAACAGUUGGCGAACAAGCUCAAAAGUGCAACAGGCCGUGCAGAAACACAUCUGAUUGAAGGAGCUAGCCAUUUUCAGAUGGAAGGUCCUGCUUAUGAUACUGAAAUGGCUAAUCUUAUUGUCACAUUCAUUUCUUCAUUGUAGUAUAGUUGAAUCAUCUUAAACUUAUAGCAUGUGUGGCUAUGAUUUCUUAAUGUUGUUUGUAUCUUGUUGUAUUGUUGAAUAGUAUUGUUUUAAAUCCAAUCAUCAUGGGUAGAACUAGAGGAUUGUUGCAGUUCGUGGUGACAUUUUCUACUAAUAUGGGCGGUGGUUGUCGUCGUUUUCUUGUA